UUUCGCGUGACCAUGUACAGCAAAUCGUAUUAUUAAAAUAGAGAGGAACACCUUUUGGAGGCCAUAUUACUGGAAUGUUCUCUACUAAUCGCUGUUUUUUAUUCAAUUUGCCUGCAUUUUGCUUCGUGAGUGAUGUCCCUUCUUUAUGACUGUUGCAAGCAAAGGAACAUUGAUGCACUGUGAUCCAAUGACAUGUUCGGAGACCACGGGGGCAACUGAUUAGUUUGAGAUGGAAGUGAUAUUCUGGGGCUUGGCCCUCGAACACAUAAUCCUCAUUGGACUAUCUUUAGGACUCAACCUAAUUCUGCUCUUAACAUGUAUCUAUCUAUGUUGUCGAAUCCGAAGACGUGAGGGGAACACGAAAGACACGGACAUGACGAACAUGAACGAUAAUGAACUCGGCCACGACUACGAAAGAACCGUGAUACCGAGCCGCGCGACAUCAAUGGUCAGCGUCACGGGUGACUACGCGGUCCCAAUGGAAACAGUGGAUGGCAUGGUCAACGCUGCUCCGAGCAAGCCACCGAGAGGAGACGACUUGAAUAAUGAUUCCGAAUCGGAUGUCGAGUACGUGUAUGCGGAGCCACGAGUGUACCCUGCUGCGCCGAGCAAGGAUAAGCCUUGGCUUCAGAAUCAACGCAGUUUCCCAUUUAGGCAGAAAAGGAAUGGAUUCCAAUCGGGUACCCCAAAGCCUGUGUAUGCGAACACACUUGAUAAUAGAGCCUAG